UUUUACUGUGUGAAGUUUUACAAAGGCCAUGGGGAAUUGCUUAGUUGCAGAAGAGAAAGUAAUAAGAGUCAUGGAGCCUGAUGGCAAAAUACUUGAAUAUCAACCCCCCAUCAAUGUUCAACAAGUUCUAUCGAACUUUUCCGGUCACGCUCUGUCGGACUCGUUCUCCGGCUUCCAGCAUCUUCGACCCGAUGCAAAGUUGCUCUCCGGGCAGUUGUAUUACCUUGUACCUCUCCCAUCACCAUCCAAAAAGGGUAAGAAAAAGGUCCGGUUUUCGAAUCCGGAGGUUAACAAUGAUGAUGAUCAAGGGAAGCCUGGUGUUGUGAGAAUUAAGUUGAUAAUCAGUAAGCAAGAACUUCAAGAGCUGCUUGAGAAAGGAGGAGUUUCAGCUAAGGAUAUGGUUUCUCAGAUACAAAGUAAACAAAACACAUCUGAUGUAAACUAGCAAAACAUAACAUAUAGUAAAAAACAAGUGUUUUAGCUUUUGUUAGCUAGAAUUAAUCAUAGGGAUAGAGUAGAUAGAAUAUAUAUCAAGUAUACACAAGAUAUGAAUGAUGUCUCCUUCAUGAAAA